ACUACUACUGUGCAACUUGAAUACUACAGUACCUCUCACAAACGUUACUAAAUUCAUUCAUUCAUUCUCCCGGUCGCGUGCCCUCGACGCAAUCGGGACAGUGCUGACCAGGCAUGGCUGCCGGUCGGUUGCCGAUGCCCGCCUAUCAACCUCGCCUCCGUCCCCAAGUUAGUACCUGCUGAUGCAUGCCAGCAUGGGGUUGAUUGGCUCUUGGCCAGGCCCGCCUUGAUGCGCCAAAGGAGCACAGCAGCCAACUUGCCAAGUGAAGCCCGAUGCUUGUGAAGCACCAUGGAGCAAUGACCGUUGUCGUCGUUGGGACGAGGGCAAUGGAACGGCGACAAACGUCGUGUUCGCACUUCAGAGAUCAAAGACAGCCAUCAUGUGACAGAUGGCCACGCAGAACAAGACCCCCCGGCUCCCUGCAUAUUCGUUCGAGACGCCGCCGCCGCCGCUGCUCAGCCCGCGCAGCACCCGACCAGGGUCGCAGUCGGAGGAACCUGAGUCGGGCGCCUGCGCCAUGUGAUGCCGCACCAAUAUUGAUGUAUAUUAAUAAGUCAUUGUUAUAUUGGACGGUCAUGCCUGGGCAACCUGGGCGGCGGUUCGCGGCACAGGUUCUGGCGGCCGUCGCCUGGCGCCCUGAUGGAAUGAAGCAUGACCCAAGACGGAGGCAAAAGCGUCACCACCACCACCACCACUACUACUACUACAACUACGUACUACACGUCGCUGGCUGGUAUGCAAGGGACUUUCGAUUAGAAAACGUUUCCGUCUCGUCCCCGUCUCGCCAUGGGCCUCGGCGAACCAUUGGCCUGUGUCUUCGCGCACGUUGUCCUGCGUGCGGCUCUCGUUGUCUGGCAACACUGUCGUGGCGAGACACUUGACGCAAUCCGUGUUCAAAGAACCGAAAGGACUGCACGAAACGAACAAGGACUGCACAGAACAAUAUGCAUACUCCAACACUCGCCCAACAGCGGCUGUCGUCGCCUCGUCGUGCCAGCAGUAACUCAACCUUUUUUGGCGCCAAUAACGUCUGCUUCAUUUGCCCACUCUCAAACGUCCCUCUCGCCGUCUCACCUCCCCCUUUUCGUGUCGUGCAUACGUACUACUACUACUACUACUACUACUGCGUAAGGUAGUAAGUAGACUCAUAGCGGCCCGUUCCGGCAGUCGGCGCGCCCUGAGACGAUCGGGGCCCAAACAAAAGCAAAACAAAAUGGCCUCCACCUCCUCCUCUCAAGAAGCGCCAGCCCAGGACAAGCGCCGCCGCGUCGACGCCGACCCCGAUGCUGCCGCCGCCAACCCGGACCGUCUCAUCACGUCGGCCGACCCGGAGCACCCCGCCAACCUCAUCCCCUCUCUCUGCGCCAAGUUCUGGACCCUUGGCUGGGUCACCGGCACUGGCGGCGGCUGCUCCAUCCGCGAUGGGUGCGUGCUGAGAUACACCUCGCAUCUCAUCCCAUUCCCCCUCCCCCAAUCAUCCCGUCCCAUGGGCUAACACGCUGUCUCGCCCAACCUCCCCCAGCGACCUCGUCUACAUCGCCCCCUCGGGCGUCCAAAAGGAGCUCAUGAAGAACACGGACAUCUACGUCCUCUCCCUCUCCGCCCAGCGGGACCCGACCUUCCGGCAGCGCACCUACCUGCGCUCCCCGCCGUGCUACAAGCCCUCGCAGUGCACGCCCCUCUUCCUCGCCGCCUUCACCCGCCGCGGCGCCGGCUGCUGCAUCCACACGCACUCGCAGUGGGCCGUCCUCGUAACCCUCCUCCUCGAGCAGCAGCAGCAGCAGCAGCAGCAGCAGCAGCAGCAAGGCGGCGCCGGCGGCGCCGGCAGUGGUGGUAGUGGUAGUGGUAGUGGUGGUGGUGGUGGGGGAAGAAAUGUCUUCGAAAUCAACAACCUGGAACAGAUCAAGGGCUUCGGCAGGGGCCCCUCCAAGCAGGGCAACCUCGGCUACCACGACACCCUGCGCAUCCCCGUCAUUGAGAACACGCCCCACGAGGAGGACCUCACCGAGUACCUCGAGGCCGCCAUGGAGGAGUUCCCCGACACGUACGCCGUGCUCGUCCGUCGGCACGGCGUCUACGUCUGGGGCGACAACGUCCACAAGGCCAAGACGCAGUGCGAGAGUCUCGACUAUCUCUUCCAGCUGGCUGUAGAGAUGAGGAAGCUUGGCAUAUCCUGGAUCAGCGAUAUCCCGCGCAUUGCUCCAGACCGUCCAUAGACAAACGGGGGAUAUUAACCAUGAAACAUGAAAGAGUUGAAAAAGGAGACCAAAAAAUAGAUAUCAACUACCUCGGAGCAGGCGUUGCGCGGGGCAGAGGAGCGAGAGCUUGGGUCGUGUUGUAUAAGGCUGCGCAUGGUUUCAGCAAGCCCAGCCCAGGAAGCCCAGUUGUGCACACGGGGGAUACGUUUCAAGAGCACGUCUUCAUGGUGGUGUAUUCCUCGUAGUCUACAGCUCGUCUCUGACAUGUGGUUCGCCACCCGGAGCAGGCACCGGCGUCUCCGUUUCCUCCCACAUGCGCUUCUUUGGGUUCCGCGGCUGGUCUUCCUCGUCGGGGAGAGACCCCAGCUCAUCCGCCUCUCUCGCGGCGUCAAUGAUCUUGCCCACCUGCUCCACCAUGGAAUCCG